AGUGAUGUAAAAUGCAAAAGCAAGACACAUUAAAAAUACAAAAGAAAAAGCAAGGGGCCAAGAUUUCCAGUUUUUCCACCAAUCUGACCCCUUCUCUGCCUCUUUCUCACCUCUUUCCUAGUCGUUUUUGUCUUCACUCAUCUUCUCUUCACGUGACCUCCUUCCUCGAGUUCCUCUUUCUCCUCCCUCUCCGUGCAAAACUCAGCUCCAAUAUCCUAGGCAGCCACACUCAAGUAUCACCAUCUCAAAUCAACAUUCAUUUCUCUCUUCAUUUUUCCUUCAAUGCCUCAACCACCACCACCGCCGCAGCCACCGCCUUACUUGUUCUUUGUGCUCUGUUUUUUUAAUAUCGUUUUUGCAGGUGGUGAUGCAUGUACUUUGAGUUCGAAUGAAAUUCCCAGAUCCUCAUGUCCUCCAUUUUCAUCCACUCCUCCUUUUCCUUUCUCUAUAUCGCCUGGCUGUGGUCAUCCUUCUUUUCAACUAAAAUGCUCUUUACCUUACUCUACUAUCUCCAUUAACGACUUUUCUUUCUCUGUUAUUGAAUUUGAACCCAACUCUUCCUCUCUCACUCUCUCUCCUCAAACCCAUCAUUCUUUUACAUCUACAGAAACUACAACUAACAGUAAUUGCUCUUCUCUUUCAAUUCCUACCCGUUCGAUCAAUCUCUCUGGUUCUCCAUUUCGAUUCUCCGAUUCUGAUUGUUCCCGUCUCUCUGUUGUUCGCUCUUGUUCCCCCCUGAAUCUUCCCAAUUGCAGCCAUUGUUCAUGGGAAUGCAAACUUAUUAAGAACCCAGUUCAGCUUCUCCAUGGUUGCGGAUCUAGUCAUCUACCUAUUUCUGAGCAAGGUUGCCAGCCGAACAUUUUAGAGUAUCUUGACCAGUUUCUAACAGUUGGGCUUCAUGUUGAAUACGAUGAAUCUCAAGAUUCUUACUUUUCUAGUUGCAGAGUGUGUAAAUCCAAGAAUGGUAUCUGUGGGUUCAAUUCUUCAGACCCGGAUAAGCGAUUCCUCUGUUUUCUGCCUAAAUCGCGAUUCUCGCCUCCAUGGAUUCACGAAGAUGAUGCAAAUCGAAUCGCGAUAUUAUGUUCAAUCUUCACGGUAUUAUGCUUAUUGCUUGCCGUUCUAGUUAUUGCAGCUAUUUACAGGUCUAAGCGUCUAAGAGCAUUAGCCUCGGAAGAAGACCCAACAAUACUAUUCCUUCACCGCCACCGCUCCGCGAGUCUACUUCCACCUGUAUUCACCUACGAGGAACUUGAAUCUUCAACAAAUCGGUUCGACCCAAAGCGAAAGAUUGGCGACGGCGGUUUCGGGUCUGUGUACUUAGGCCACCUCUACGAUGGCAGAGUUGUGGCUGUUAAAUACCUCCAUAAACAGCAACACCACCACGCGGCAGCUGCAGGCAAAGCAUUCUCUACCAAGUCAUUCUGCAAUGAAAUCCUGAUAUUAUCUUCAAUAGAUCAUCCAAAUCUGGUCAAGCUCUACGGGUACUGCAGCGACCCGAGAGGUCUACUUCUAGUAUAUGACUAUGUCCCGAAUGGCACUCUCGCUGACCAUCUGCACGGGCCAAAGGGCUUGCAUCGCAAAGGGCGUUUAACAUGGCAAGUAAGGCUCGACAUUGCAUUGCAAACGGCUCUAGCUUUAGAGUACUUGCAUUUCGCCGUCCAUCCGGCGAUCGUUCAUAGAGAUAUAACUUCUUCAAAUAUUUUUAUAGAGAAAGAUAUGAGAAUUAAAGUUGGAGACUUCGGACUUUCCAGGCUUCUGGUUUUUCCCGAAACGUCGUCAUCUUCGUCUGGUUACGUUUGGACCGGACCUCAAGGUACCCCUGGAUACUUGGAUCCGGAUUACCACCGGUCUUUCCGGUUAACCGAGAAAAGCGACGUGUAUAGUUUUGGGGUGGUUUUGUUAGAGUUGAUUUCUGGGUUGAAAGCGGUGGAUCAGAGUAGGGACAAAAGAGAGAUGGCGUUAGCGGAUUUAGUAGUAUCCAAGAUCCAAAUGGGUCAGCUCCAUCAAGUAGUGGACCCAGUAUUGAUUGUUGAAGGGGAGGCGAAGGAGAGUAUUUAUGCGGCGGCGGAGCUAGCGUUCCGCUGUGUGGCGGCGGAUAAGGAUGAUAGGCCAGAUUCGAAGGAGGUAGUGGAGGAGCUAGAGCGGAUCCGGAGUUGCACGCGUGGGUUUGGCGGGGCGAAUAAUUCGAAUGGAGGGGAAGGUGACGUGGCAAAAGGAUGAUUAAUUGAUUGAUUGAAGGAAGGGUUACGUGUAGUGUGAUGACGGGAUGGGGUUUUGGCGUUUUGGUAGGCACAAGAGAAAGAAAGAGUGUGGGGUUUUGACUGACUGCGUGUCAGAUGUUUUGUUUGGAUGUAUAUAGAAGCUUUGAUAAAAGAGAAUGUCAAAUACUUUGUAACUCUAUCACGUUUUUACCUCUUUUGUAUUUGGGUACCGGGUCCGGUCUUCCCCUCGUAAAUUCAAAUUCGGGUUAAAUUUCAUACAAAAUCAUACUCCCUUUGUUAAAA